AUGAGUGACGACUCGAUCGCGGUGCAGCGGCUGCGGCAAGAGCGCAAGAACUGGCGGCGAGACCACCCGGCGGGCUUCUGGGCGCGCCCCAUCGCCAACGACGACGGCUCGCUCAACCUCAUGAUGUGGCACGCGGGCAUCCCGGGCAAGGCCGGCACGGACUGGGAGGGCGGCGUGUUCAAGAUGUCGCUGGCCUUCUCCGAGGACUACCCGAGCAAGCCGCCGCUCGUCAAGUUCACGCCGCCGCUCUACCACCCGAACGUGUACCCGUCGGGCACGGUCUGCCUGAGCAUCCUGAACGAGGACAAGGACUGGAAGCCCAGCGUGACCAUCAAGCAGAUCCUCAAGGGCGUGCAGGACCUGCUGGACCAGCCCAACAUGGCCGACCCGGCGCAGCGCGAGCCGUACAUGGACCUCAAGAACGACCCGGAGCUCUACAAGCGCAAGGUGCGUCAGCUGGCGCUCAAGAACCGCGAGAGUUAG